GUCUGUGAGACUGCAGGUCUGUAUUCACAGAUCCACCCUCUCCCAGCACCUCAGAGAGAGACAGGAGAUCUUCUCAGCAAGCAGAAGCCUGCACGAACCGAAUCCGCCAUUGGACACGAGCUGUCUAUAUGUCUCUACCUCUGUAUAAACAUUAAUGGAUAUGGUUUGAUUAUUGUUUAUUCCCAGGGCUCGCGCUCCUCCUCGGCAGAGCACCGCACUGUGGUCUGGACUGCGCCCUGCUGGACAAGCAGGUGGAUCGACCAUCACGACAACAGCUUGUACAGUCAGUAAGAAAAGCGGUGCUGGGUGCUGAUUUCAGCAGCGAUCACAGCUGCACCGUGUUCAGCCUGAACAGCCCACCAGCUCGUGUCAUUGGUGCCUUGUGUAAACUGGGAUGGGCACAAUCCUGCAGGAGCGGGCGCCACAACAGUGUGUGGAGAGGGUUUUCAUCAGGGAGAGGGAAUGGAAGAAGAAGGCGCUGUGGACCAACAACAGGCCUAAUGUGGCCAGCAACAAAAUGGGAAGGCGGCCGUCACAAAGGAAGCCACAGCAGCCACAGCACACGUUCCCCAGCCAAGAGAAUAAUAAUGAGAGAAGGCUGCAGCAAAGAAGAAAGCACAAGCCUCACACGCCCCUGACUAAACGCAGCAAUACUUGCCAACACAGUGCUCAGGGAACCUCAGAGUCAAACUCCCAUCCACGGCCCUCUGCAGAGGACAGGAUGGAGCCAAAGGUGCAACCGGCUGCUCAGCGCUUUGCCCACAGAGAACAGAAGCACACAGGAGUCAGAGGGAGCAGACACACAGCAGCCUUUUCCUGCCACCGUCUGUCUGACUCAAGCCACGAUCUGCUGGAGAGACACUCCCCUAAGCUGGAGGAAGCUAGUCUGAGCGGCCAUGGAGAAGGGGACAGUGACACUGACUUGUCUGAGUCGGAGAGACUUCCUGUGUUGUCCUCUGGUCGGGUUCCUCCGCAGCUCGAGCUAAGGCCAGACGUCAUCGAGGCUGAAGACUGCUCCACUCGCAGCCGUAGGCCCAGAGGACAGGGCCGACCUGGCUUUGACUUUCCAGACUUCCUUCCUCCACCUUUUAACUCCUGGAGCCUCACUCAGCUGGCUGUCUUCUACAACAUGGAGGGCCUGGGGGCCCCUCGGCCCAGGCCAGUGGGGUCUUUGGAAAGGUACCUGGAGAGGCUGCUGCAGCUGGAGUGGCGUCAGAUCCAGACUGUCCAGGAGGAGAGUGGGAAGUCAGCUGUGUCAGAUGUUGUAUCCAGCUACCACAGGUCACCAGCUGCUGCCUCAUCACGCCUCAGCUCCCCAAAGUGUAUCCUCCAGUGUCAGCGUGCCUUCCCCCUCACCUUCCUCUCUUCCCUGGCCAGUCACUCUACCCUGCUCUCCGGCUGUGCCUGCGCUCUGUACCGCAUCCGCCACUCGGCCUGCAGCACGUCAUGCUGCCGCUCCACCCACAGCCACACUCGUCAGUCUAGACUGAGUCCCAUGCUGGAGCGCAGGGGGCCCAUGUCACUCCCCAAAAGGAGCUACAGCGAGAGCCGGGUGCACUCCUCAGACAGGAGCACAGUGUCCCAGGCUCAGAGAUUCAGCAGCCCUGUGAGGGCCAACAGCCACCUGAGGAGGAUGCAAGCCUCAGGCAACAUCCGCAACCCGGGUCAAGGUGCUAACACCAAGCCUCAUUCCACUGCCAGGGACUCGAGUGUUGGGGCUGAGAAGGACUGUUUGGGAGCGCGGGGGGAUGUGAUGGACUACAGGACAGGGGGGUUUCGGAAAAGGAGUGGCUCAGAGCAGAGGAGAAGAGGAGGAGUAGAAAGACAACAAAAUGGAUCAGAGAAAAGACGGAGUGGUUCUGAGUGCAGAAGAGGAGGAAGUGAGCGAAGGAGAACAGCUGAGUUUAAGGAACGAGAAAUAAAACCAGAUGCUGUCACUGCAAUAAUGGACAAUUUACACGGGUCCAGUUAUUCUCCUGAUAACAGGCCAAACAGGCCCAAACAGGUUGAAUUUGUUUGAUAUCAGCAAUUUGGGUAGUGUAAGGAGGUGUAAUCUGUACGCCACAGCUGCAAUCAUCACUUUUGAGAUUUGAUUAUGAAUCUAUAUUUUCAGAUUGUUGAAGUGUGUUUCACUUUUUCCAUCAGCGAAUGUGAUGUUUUGCAAUAUUUUUCUAGUCUCAGCUAAUUAUAGUUACAUCGUUAUGUUUAAUCCAGUGCUGUUAAGUUAAAUAAGCAGAUCCUGCAGUGGAUUUUUACAUGCACUGUUGAUUAUACAUAAAUCUUAUGCGCAUGUGGAUAUUUAUAUAAAUACUCAUUUUGUUUCUUUCUGGCUGCAGUGCAACAGCGGAGCUGAACGUGAAUGUCACUGACUGACUGAGUGAUGAAGUUACACUAUUGUUCGUUGCUCUUUCCAAAUGAUUUGGAGCAAACAAGCAUUGUUGCCAAUUUAGCGCCUUUGUUGCUCGUUGCUAGAUUUCCCAACUUUUUUUUAAAUAGCACCAUGUGACAAAUCUAGUGACUUUUUUGGACAAACCUCAGCUACUUUCUGUAGAAGAGAGUCGUCAGUGUUGCCCUGCGAGUGCGAAGUCGAGCUUUCCCUCCACAGACACGCCUCUUUAUACUGAACACGGCAGCUGAUGUGAAUGAGGUUCUAACUCUCUCUGACUGAUCAUUUUAUGAGUAAAUACAGCCAAAAUCACAGCACAGUCUUUGUCUUUAACUUGUGUGUUUGGUGGUUUUGUCAAGACGUUAUAAAAUCAGGAUUUUAGCAGAAGCUUGGAAGUGACUUCUGUUUAACAUGUAGUUUUAAUGAGCCACGUUUCAGUCAAUAUCUCAAACUUGUUCCAUUGUCAUGACAACAGAAACAGAAAAACAUGUCAGUGAGAACAGCUUUAUUGUGAAUUCAGCUUUAUUAAAAUACUGUAUAUGUCAGCAGAGAGGAGGAGAGAACAGAUAAAGAGCUGAAACCAUCUGAUACUAAGCAGAAGGAAAAUAGCCUACAACGCCGUAUAACCAUACACUAGGUCUUAACCCAGUAAGCCUUCGUCAGCGCAAUACAUUAUGUAUAUGUGUGUAUGAGAUAUUUUUCAACACUACCAGUUUUACUAAUGAUGUGAACGCUGGAACAAUCACUCUUGUUUUCGUCUGUCAACAAAAAGAAAAGCAUCACAAAAGUUAUUAAAGCCUGAUGCUUCUAACUCUAACAAACUUUUUUAUGCCUCCGCGCCGGAGACAGCCAGGUAUAUUGUUUUCGGGUUGACCAUCUGUAUAUACGUACGUAUGUACAUCUGUCCUGUUCUGGUGAAGACAAUAACUCAGUAGGACUCAAGGCUGAACUGAUCAGAUUUUGGUGAUCAAAGGUCAAAGGUCAAGGUCAGUGUGACCCCAUAAAACACUUUUUAGCCAUAACUCAAGACUUCACACAGCAAUUAUGAACAAUUUUACACAAAUUGUUUUUUUUUUAUAUGACUGAAGAAACAGGGAUGUAACCUGAAACUAGUCUGAGUGGUGGAGGGAUACAACCUCGAGGCUAGUGAGUAACCCACCUGAGUCUCUGACAGAAUUGUCUACAGGCAAGUUGCAUUUUGCAUAGGUGCCAUGCUUCAACAAGGAAGAAGAAUGCAAGGAUUCACAAUAAUAAUAAUACUUGAUACUAUUUUUCCUGUCCAUCAUGAGUCCAACAAAGUUAUGGUGCAAUGCUAAAUUGUUGGACUACUCUGAAUAAAAUGCUUCACACUGC